GGUUCUUGAUUUUCAUGAGAUGAGUAAUGCUGGCAAUCGCCUUGUUUCAGCUCUUUCUUUGCCGAGAUAUCGCAAUGUGAAGCAUAUCAACCUUGAGUUUGCACAGGAUAUUGAAGACAAGCAACUGGAAAUUGUUAAAAGCAAGUGUGGGAAUUCCCUUUUAAAUCUGGAGAUUCUAAAUCUAAAUGGCUGUCAAAGGAUCUCUGACAAGGGAAUCGAAGUAGUGACAAGUACUUGUCCUAGACUGAAGGUCUUUUCCAUUUAUUGGAAUGUAAGGGUAACAGAUGUUGGCAUUACUCAUCUGGUCAAGAACUGCAGAUCCGUGGUAGAUUUGAACUUAAGUGGCUGCAAGAAUAUUACAGAUAAAAGUUUGCAUCUUGUUGCUGACAAUUUUCAAGAAAUGGAAUCCUUGAACAUCACCAGGUGCAUCAAGCUGACAGAUUCU